UCUCACAUCGCCAUACCUGCGCAUACGAAGAAAGAUUCGACGAUCUUUCAUGACAAGAUUAAAUACAGAAUGGCCUUGUUCGAGGAGCUCAGCCCCUCCUCUGUGGCUACUAUAACUCUAACUUUAUUGCUUGCCUAUCUAAUAGGCUGCGCAGUGUAUCGCCUGUACCUUAGCCCCAUCGCGUCUUUCCCAGGUCCCCCGUUGGCAGCUGUGACUUGGUUCUAUGAGUUCUAUUACGAUGCAAUAUGUGGUGGCCGGUAUAUCUUCAAAGUCAAGGAUAUGCAUAAGCGCUACGGGCCCAUUGUUCGCAUCAACCCCGAAGAGCUUCAUAUCGAGCCUUCGGCCUUUUAUGAUGAGCUGUAUGCACCCGGCGGCAAGAAGAAGAGAAAUUUGAAUCCCCAGUUCAAACAUCAAUUUGGGGCGCCCGACAGUACCUUUUCUACUAUAGAACAUGAUUUACAUCGCAUGCGUCGUUCUGCUCUGAGCCCAUUCUUUUCAAAAGCAAGUGUACGUCGUUUGCAGCCUGUCAUAUGGGAAAAGGUCGACAAACUCCUUGAACGUCUGCAUGGAUUGAGAAAUACGGGUCAUCCAGUCCGCAUGGAUAUCGCCUACGCUGCGUUUACCAAUGACGUCAUUAUGCAGUACAGUUUCAGCCACUCGCGCGAGAGGUUGCAAAAACAUGACUUUGGUGAGCCAGCUCAAGAGGCCGUUCUUGCUAUGAGCAAAGUUGUACAUUGGAUGAAGCACUAUCACUGGCUCAUAUAUAUGGGACAGCUUAUUCCGCCAUGGAUUGUAUCAUGGAUUAGUCCAACAGUUGCAAACGUGCUUGAGGAUGAACGGAGUGUCGAACGGCUUGGCCAGGAAGCCAAAAUACUCGUAGCCGGCGGAACUGAGACCACAUCUUGGACACUAUCGGUCAUCACAUACUAUCUGCUGAGCCAACCGGAUACUUUAUCCCGUCUUAGUACCGAACUAAUCGCCUCCAUCCCCGAUCCUACGGCACACAUCGGUAUCGAGGUCUUGGAACACCUUCCCUACCUUACUGCCGUAAUUCAGGAAGGUCUGCGGCUAUCCUAUGGCUCUGUUGCCCGGCUAGCACGUGUAUCCCCAGAUGAAGCAGUGAUAUUUCACGACGACAAGCGUGGAAAGGACUGGGUAAUUCCUCCGGGGACACCCAUGAGCAUGAAUGCUGUUUUUGUGCAUCAUGAUCCCGCCAUCUUUCCAGAGCCAAGCAAGUUUCGUCCGGAACGGUGGAUCGAAGCCGAAAAGGAGGGUAAAAGGCUGAAUGGGUAUCUUGUGUCCUUCACAAAGGGUUCCAGGUCGUGUUUGGGUAUCAAUCUGGCCUAUGCAGAACUCUAUAUUUGCGUCUCCAGGAUGUUUAGACUGUAUCACGGUGCAGAGAAUGAGACAGGUGCGAAAGGUGGGAGGUUGGAACUGUUUGAAACGUCCAACAAGGAUGUCGAGUUUGCGACUGAUAUGUUCAUUCCUGCUACCAGGAAGGGAAGUAAAGGCGUUAAGUUGCUUGUUAAGGGUGAUUAA